AUGGUGGCUUGGUGUGUUAGGCCAGUGCAGCACAAUCUCCUGGCUUUGGCAUUCUCUCUCAGGCCCUCUCCUUGGUUGUUGUGCACAGCUACAAAACAAAAGAACAAUGACCAACGCCUGGAAGAGGACAUACGUCACAAUGAGCAGAAGACAGAGCCUCCCUCUGUAGACAAGAACCUUCUAGAAGAGAAGGUCAGGUUGGAAGAGCAGCUGAGAGACACCAUGAAAAAAUAUAAACGAGCUUUGGCAGAUACUGAGAACUUGAGGCAGAGGAGCCAAAAACUAGUGGAAGAGGCAAAAUUAUAUGGCAUCCAAGGCUUUUGCAAGGACUUACUGGGGGUUGCAGACAUUCUGGAGAAGGUAACACAGAGUGUUCCGAAAGAAGAAAUUAAAGAUGGCAACCCUCACCUGAAAAGCCCAUACAAGAGGCUGCUACUGACCAAGGUGCAAAUUCAGAAGGUGUUCCCAAAGCACAGCUUGCUCAAGCUGGACCCCCUUGGAGCCAAGUUUGACCCUUAUGAACAUGAGGCACUGUUCCACAUACCAGUAGAGGGCAGGGAGCCAGGUACAGUGGCUCUGGUUAGCAAAGUGGGGUACAGGCUGCACAGGCACACCCUCAGACCUGCCCUGGUGGGGGUGGUGAAGGAAGCAUAG